AAAGGGAAUGCAAAAUACACAAAAGGGUGGGCUGUUGUCGUUUGGGUGGCGCCGGGCGGUUGUGGGAACUGGAAAAACAGACAUUGGAAUUGGACAAUGAAGGUUAUCUCCAACUCCAACGCCACGGUGCUGCACUGCUUCCCUCCUUGCAAGGCCUCUCCCACCGCCACCGCUGCCGCUUUCUCCGCCUUCCCUCCUCCUGCUAUAAAUAAGACCAAUGCCCCUUCGCCUUCGAUUCCAGUCAUUACGCUUCGCAACAGGAAGCAGCAGACCAAGAAGACUGCGACAAACCCUAAUCUGCUUCUUCUCUCUCCGGAACAUAAUAAUUGCAGACCCCGAGGGCGACGUCGGUUCACUUGUUGCCGCUGUGGUCGUCCUAAUGCUAGUCUACCUGACUUAUCUUCUUCUUCUUCCAAGUACGAUUGGCAGCUCUCCGAUAAUUGUGAGGUUGAGGAUGAUGAUGAUCAUCAGAAGUUUGUUGUCGUGAAUUUCUAUCGUUUUGUUUUCAUCAAACACCCAGAGGAGGAAGUUUCCAGGCACCUUUCCUUCUUGCAGGGGCUUGACAUACAUGGUCGAAUAUAUUUGAAUGAGCAAGGGAUUAAUGCACAGUACAGUGGACCGUCAAAAGAUGCUCUUGCAUAUGUGAAAUGGUUAAGAGAAGACCACAGAUUUUCUGAUGUUCUGUUUCAGAUUUCUCCAGCUUUGAGUGGGCAUGCUUUUCCAAGACUGAAACUGCGGUACAAGCCAUCACUUGUUCAGUUGGAAGAAGGCAUCUCUGAUCUUCCUUUGCUUGACCCGUCAAUGCGAGCUACUCCACUCUCACCCUCUCAGUGGCAGCUUCAAUUGGAAGCAGUAAAUAGAGCUGAUCAAGUAUCCACUUGGAAUUCUAACACAAACUCUAUUCUAUUGGAUGUGAGAAAUGGUUAUGAGUGGGAUAUUGGUCACUUUCGUGGGGCUCAACGACCUGAUGUUGACUGCUUUAGGAGCACUUCUUUUGGGCUAGCUCAAUCAGAGGUAAAUGCUUCAGAUCCUUUAGCCUCUGCUGAUAAAGAGAAAACAGCCAUAUUUAUGUACUGCACAGGGGGAAUCCGUUGCGAUGUAUAUUCAACGAUCCUAAGGAAAAGGGGCUUUAAAAAUUUGUACACCUUGAAGGGAGGUGUUUCUCAUUACCUGAAAAAUGAAGGUCCUAUGGAAUGGGUUGGGAAUCUCUUCGUGUUUGACUCCCGUCUUUCUAUACCACCUUCCACCUUUAAGCCUGAAGUUGUCACUGAAGCAAGCCGAGAGCAAAUACUUUCUGGGGAUGGUUCCUUGGCUAGAUGCUAUCUUUGUGAUUCACAAGUUUCGGAACUGAGGCACCGUAAUUGUGCAAAUCUUGACUGCAACUUGCUUUUCCUAUGCUGUACAAGUUGCCUGAACGAGUUAAAAGGAUGCUGUUGUUCAAAAUGUGGCCAUGCGACUCGGCGUCGACCUGUGCUACCAGGACACCAGAGAUACAAAAAAUGGCAUCACUAUAGGGAUUUGGAUUUGGAUUUGGAUUUGCAAGAGCUUAGGGGACAUUGAAAUGUUGGGUAUAUUUAGCUAGCUGGCAUUGCAAUUGUGAAGCAUAUAUUCCUCCCUUUGGGAGGCCUGUGAUUCAUGGUUUCUUUUGGGUGUUUGGGACUGGGAGGGCUAUUGUUUUGCUACUUGCCCUGAAUUGCCAAAAGUUAUUCUAUCAAUUGCCCUUUUACUUGUAUCAA